GUGUGUCAGUACGAGAGGCUUCAGCCUUCUGGGUCAAUGUGAUGUUUAGGGGGCGGCAUGUGGCCACUUGGUAAUUUGAGAGAUUCUUGUGAUUUAACAGGCUCCUAGAGCUGCAAUCAAAAGACAGGGCUGUAAAUGAGUAUAGAGAAAGGAUACUUCUGGCUUCUUGUUUUCUGUCAGCCCGCUUUGGCAAGCGUCUCUACCAUGAGUAGGCAUGGGAACCAGUUAAAGAAAGUGUCGAUUCACUCGAGUAAAUGCUGAGAACUCUGGCUUUUGUCUGUUCUGAAUGUGUCCGGAAAGGCAAAAAAGAGCGAGAUUCUGCUGUGGGGUUUCUCAUCUCCAUGGUGGUAGGUGCUGACAGCCUCAGAGAGUGAACUAGAAGGGCACAGAGAAAAGAGCAUGAGAUGUGUCCACGGCAGUCGUGCUGAAGAUGAAAAGGUCCCAGGGUUUGGAUCUGUAACUAAGGCUUUAACUGAAAUCUAAGAAAAAAAGAAACUGAAAAAUUAGUAAUACACCUGGAACUUCUAACUGAUAUAAAACCCCACUGGAUGCCCUAGAAGCACCGAGAAAGAAUGAGCUAUUACGGAAGUAGCUACCGGGUUGUAAAUGUGGAUUCGAAAUAUCCAGGCUAUCCCCCAGAGCACGCCAUAGCUGAGAAGAGAAGAGCAAGAAGGCGCCUGCUCCACAAAGAUGGCAGCUGCAACGUGUAUUUCAAACACAUUUUUGGAGAAUGGGGGAGCUACAUGGUUGACAUCUUUACCACUCUUGUGGAUACUAAGUGGCGUCAUAUGUUCGUGAUAUUUUCUCUGUCUUACAUUCUCUCCUGGCUAAUAUUUGGCUCCAUAUUUUGGCUCAUAGCCUUCCAUCAUGGAGACCUAUUAAACGAUCCAGGCAUCACACCUUGUGUUGACAACGUGCAUUCAUUUACAGCAGCAUUUUUAUUCUCCCUUGAGACCCAAACAACCAUAGGGUAUGGUUACCGGUGUGUCACAGAAGAAUGCUCUGUGGCUAUCCUGACAGUCAUCCUUCAGUCCAUCUUAAGUUGCAUCAUAAACACCUUCAUCAUUGGAGCAGCCUUGGCAAAAAUGGCAACUGCCAGGAAGAGAGCCCAGACCAUCCGCUUCAGCUAUUUCGCACUCAUCGGUAUGAGAGACGGGAAGCUUUGCCUCAUGUGGCGCAUAGGAGAUUUCCGACCAAACCAUGUGGUAGAGGGUACAGUGAGAGCCCAGCUUCUACGAUAUUCAGAAGACAGCGAAGGGCGUAUGACCAUGGCAUUCAAAGAUCUCAAACUCGUCAAUGACCAAAUUAUCCUGGUAACCCCAGUUACUAUUGUCCAUGAAAUUGAUCAGGAGAGUCCUCUGUACGCUCUUGAUCGCAAGGCAGUGGCCAAAGAUAACUUCGAGAUUUUAGUGACAUUUAUCUAUACUGGUGAUUCUACUGGGACAUCCCACCAGUCUAGAAGUUCCUAUGUCCCCAGAGAAAUCCUCUGGGGCCAUAGGUUUAAUGAUGUAUUGGAAGUGAAGAGAAAGUACUACAAAGUGAACUGCUUGCAGUUUGAAGGGAGCGUGGAAGUCUAUGCCCCCUUUUGCAGUGCCAAACAAUUGGACUGGAAAGACCAACAACUCACCAACUUGGAGAAAACAUCCCCUGCCAGAGGAUCCUGCACCUCUGAUGCCAGUGUCAAGAGGAGGUCUUUCAGUGCGGUAGCCAUUGUAAGCAACUGUGAGAACCCGCAGGAGACAAGCACAUCUCCUCCAGAUGAGCACAAGGAAGUCCCUUAUCAGAAAGCAAUCCUGACUCUAAAUAGAAUUUCCAUGGAAUCCCAGAUGUAGCCCUCCUCCAGGUCCCUUACCCAAUGGCACAAAGUCGUCAGCACAAUUUUUAACAAAAUGUUAGAUCUGUCCUUUGCCACAGGAAUAGAAGGUUGAGCAGGUUAAACUUGAUAAGUGAUUAGCUAAAAGUUAAAUAGCUUUUCAGUGUUAAAGUUUGGCAUUGGGAGCAAAUUUUGUGUUGGGACAACUACUGAGAAGCUUGAUUGAUUACAAUUAAUCUCAUUAUUGCAUACACUUGUGUCUUCUCAUGAGAAUAAAAUAUUUAUGAAUGGGAGAAAAGACAGGCUGCUAGAAUAGAUUAAAAUAGACAUGAAAGCUAAAUAUUUACAUUUAUAGAUUAGUUAUGGAAAGAGAGCUAAUAAUAGUAUCUCAUAACCUAAGCACAACAAAUAAGACAUGUCUCAGCACAGAAAUACGUAAGUAAAAUGAAGUGGGGUUUGAGGCCCCGUAUUUGCCUCUCAUAGUGUCUUGGUAUCAGCAGGCAGAGGUGUGUGUGACUUUACGAAAUUGACAGUGCCAUCAAGUCACAGAUUUGUUUCAGUGAGACUUGCCUAAAGUGUUAUCAGUGACUGCUAGAAGCUAACUAUGUGACAGAGGAAAUGGGAACAUCCCUAUUUAGAGAAGUAUUUCUCUCUUAAGUACCUUGGUUCAACUAAACAAAUGGGGAAGAGAAGGGAGGCAGUGUCCUUUCUCUGUGUUCCUUGGAGGAGUCUUCUGUGCUCACACCCCCACUAUUCACAAGCACUUGUGAAAAGGUUGGAUCACAGAGCUGGGUACAGCAGUGAGAGGCAGCUAUAUGCAUCCUCAGACCUGAGAAUACAUUGUUGGCUCCUGGUCCCUAGAGGCUGAGAGGAAAGAAUAGAGCUAGAACCUUUCCUAAAGGCAGUGUGAACAGUUUUGUGAAGCAAUGCAAUGAAGUUGAUUUGAUUGUGUACUAUAGGGAUAAGCUGACUAUUAUAGGAAUUCUUAAAUUUUAGGACAAAAGAUAAAUAUGUACUCUGUUCUCAUGUUAAAGGAUCAAGUUAACUCCUGAUUCCUUUUAGCACAAACCCAGUCUCAGACAGUGUAAGCUUUAUAAACUGAAGAAUUAUUAUCUAUGGCUUGGCAUGACUUCUGUAUUUUUUCCACUGCUUUUGAGCUAGGAAUGAGUAUAUGAUAUAGCUGCUGUCUAAUUUAAACACACAUACACUUAAAUUUAGUCUCGUAAGUAGACUGAACUGAAUCACACAGUUGAAGAUUACAAAGCUAAGUAAAAUAAAUCAGUAUCAAAGAGCUCUUUUCUUCUGCUUCUCUAAUUUUCUUUUUGUCAUCUCCUCCCAUUCUUUCUCUGUUUCUCCCUGUUAUCCAGGAUCAACAGAGAAUACAGUUUUCCUUUGCAAAGAAAUCUUUCAUCCCUGAUAUCUUCUUAUAAAUAAGAAAUCUGUCCAAGGGGGCAAGUUAAAAGCUGUUCUGAAACUUAAUAUCUGCAACUAAAAUCAUGUUUAACUUACACUGCUUGGGAAUGGAGAAUCCAUUAGUUAAAAUACAUAAUACACCUCUGUGUUUACACACACACACACACACACACACACACAGAGAUCAAGAGAGAAACAGAGACAGACACAGAGAUAGAGACAAAGACGGAGAUAGAGACAGAUGAAGAGAAUUUGGAAUAGACAAGAAUAGCAAUAACUUCUCUAGACUAGAAUAUUACCAUUCUUAAGCCUACAAAUUAUCACAGUAACAAUGCUUUCCCCACCAAUUUGAAUUUGUUUCUCUAGAAGGCAAGUGCAUUUCACUACACUGUAUUUCCUUUGCUCUGUCCUCCCAUGAUGUCUGUCAUCAAAAUGGGGGGACCGUCGAUGUUUGAUUAAAUACAUUUUGUUGCACUAUGUGUUCAUACCCAGAGUGGAAUGUAUGGUCAGCAUUGCCAUGCCCCAUGCAUCUCUAAUCUUCUGUAUAGGUUUAUAGCUCUAUAGCAUGAUUGGAAGUCCUGAUGACUUACUUAACAAUAAAGAUCUUAGAAUGAUGUAAAA